AUGGGAUUUAAUUCACCAGGUCAUAUCUCCAGUGGCUUUCCAGAAGGCACCAAUGAAAGGAAGACAAGAGUGAAGUCUUCCAUGCAUGCAAGAGCAGUGCAGCAACACGAGUGCCACGCAAAGCUCAGGAUUGGGACAGGUGUCAGCAGGGAGCUCGCCAAAGGAGUAUUUUCUCCUUCCACAAAUAGCGUCAUCACCAAGUUCUACCAGCAUAUCCUGGCAUUGGUCUUUGCCAUUACGGAGAUCAAUGAAAAUCCUAAUAUAUUGCCAAACAUCACCCUCGGCUUCCAGAUCUAUGAAAGCUACUUCGAUCCAAUUAUGACCUACCGGACCAGCCUGGACAUGCUCUUCAAAUCACAUCAGAUGGUCCCCAACUAUCAAUGUGGUACCCUGCAAAACCUCAUUGGAGUCAUUGGAGGUCUGAGUGCCGAUACCUCUGCAUGCAUGGCCGAUAUCUUUGCUCUUUACAAGAUCCCCCAGUUCUCAUAUGGCUCAUUUCAAACAACAGUGAAUAAAGAAUCCCGUUUGCCUUCCUUCUACCGGAUGGUCCCCAAUGAAGAUCUUCAGUAUCAGGGAAUUGUGCAACUUCUUCUCCAUUUCCACUGGAAAUGGAUCGGGCUUAUCACAACGGAUGAUGAACGUGCAGAACAUUUCUUGCAAACCAUGGAAUCAAUGCUUUCCCAAAAUGGAAUCUGUUUCGAAUUCACAGAGAGAUUCAAAGGCAACUGGCAGUACUUUGACCUCAUUCACAUGCUCAAUGAAACACUGAGUUAUGUUCGCAUCUACACUGAGAAAAAAGCCAGUGUGGUUGUUAUACAUGGACAAAGUUUAAACAUUUGGUGGGUUGCUUGUAUUUUUUCUGUCACACUGAUUUUUCCUUUAACAGAUGAUGACUAUACAGGAAAGAUCAACGCAAGAAGAGUGUGGAUUUCAACGGCCCAAAUUGAUUUCACUUUGCAUGUGUUUCUCAAGCCUGUUGGAAUGAGAAUGUUCCAUGGUGCUCUUUCCUUCACAAUCCAUACAAAGGAAAUUUCAGGCUUCCAAACAUUUCUUCAGACCAUUAACCCUGCUGGGACAAGAGCUGAUGGCUUUUUCAAUGAUUUCUGGGAACAAGCCUUUGGAUGCUCUGCAGCCAGUCAUGGUGCAUCAAAGGAUAUGAAUACAACAUGUGGGGAGGAGAUGCUGCACAGUCUAUCCUCACCUUUCUUUCAAAUGACCAUGACUGGCCAUAGUUACAGUAUCUACAAUGCUGUCCAUGCUCUGGCUUAUGCUUUCCAGACCACUUCCAGGGCUCCAUCCAGCCGUACAGCAAUGCGGGGAAUGAGGAGCUUGUCACCUCAGAAGGUGGAAUCCUGGCAGCUCCACUCAUUGAUUCGGAGGGUCUCAUUCAACAACAAUGCUGGAGAUGAAAUUAGAUUCAAUGAACAUGGAGAGUUGGUGGGUGUAUUUGAAGUCAGGAAUUUGGUCACUUUCCCAAAUGAUUCCUAUGUCCAGGUCAAAGUCGGAAGCCUGGAUCCUCUUGCUCCUCCAGGCUUGCAAUUCACCCUCAAUGAGACACCAAUCCAAUGGCCACGAGAUGUGACUCAGGUGCCACCACUUUCUCUGUGUAAUGAUCUGUGUGCUCCUGGGUACAGCAAGAAGAAGAUAGAAGGGGAGAAAUUUUGUUGCUAUGACUGUGCCCGAUGUCCGGUUGGGAUGUUCUCAGACAAGGAGGACACAGAAACCUGCAUGAAUUGUCCAGAGGGUCAACAUGCCAACACAGGGAAGAAUAAAUGCAUUCCUAAGAUCCCCAACUUCUUAGCUCUGAAUGAAACUCUGGCCAUCAUCUCAGUUUCUGCAGUGUUUCUGUUCUCUUUGACCACAGUUCUGGUGCUUGGCAUCUUCAUUAGGCAUCGAGACACUGCCAUCGUCAAAGCAAACAACCGGAGCCUCACCUACAUACUCCUCAUCUCCCUCCUCUUCUGCUUCCUCUGUUCUUUACUUUUCAUUGGAAAGCCUAACACUGUGUCCUGCCUUCUUCGACAAACUGCUUUUGGCAUGGUCUUCUCUGUGUGCCUCUCCACAAUCUUGGCAAAAACAGUGACUGUGGUUCUUGCAUUCAUGGCAACCAAACCAGGAUCCCAGAUGAGGAAGUGGGUGGGGAAAAGACUGGCCUAUGCCAUUGUCUUCUCCUGCUCCAGCAUUCAAGCAGGCAUCUGUGCUCUCUGGCUCAUGACUUCUCCCCCAUUCCCAGAUUCAGACAUGCACUCCAUGUCUGAAGAAAUUAUCUUGCUGUGUAAUGAGGGCUCAGUCCUCAUGUUCUGUUGUGUUUUGGGCUACAUGGGGCUGCUGGCUGCUGUCAGUUUUGCAGUGGCCUUUCUGGCCAGAAAGUUGCCAGACAGCUUCAAUGAGGCCAAAUUCAUCACCUUCAGCAUGUUGGUCUUCUGCAGUGUGUGGGUCUCCUUUGUCCCAACCUACCUCAGCACAAGUGGAAAGUCCAUGGUGGCCGUGGAGAUCCUCUCCAUCUUGGCCUCUAGUGCUGGCUUAUUGAGCUGCAUAUUCUUCCCCAAAUGCUAUAUUACUGUGCUGAGACCUGAUCUCAGUAGCAAGGAGCUGCUCAUGUGGAAAAAAACAUAA